CCACGACCAUCCCACCAGCCUCUAGAAGAGCGGGUCAAUGGGGAGAAAGGCCGCCCAACCUGCUCCUCCGCCCAUCAUCCACCCGACCUUCUCUUUCCAGAUCUGCUCCAGCACCUGGCGGAGGGGCAUUUCCUCGGGGUCCAGCUGGGGCCGGACAAAGUCGAAGGAAGGACCUUCGGGGUCGACUUUCUCUGGCAGCAGGUCAAAGCGGCUCCUGCUGGGACCAACCUUAAAGUUGAGACGGUCGCGCUGGUGCGACCGGAAGUCAAGGUCGUGCCUGGGCAGCUGUCCGGAACAGGCUGCCGGGGAGAAGACCGAUCGCGCGACCUCUCCCCAUCUCCAAGCGUUCUGCUCAAUCCUCGCGACGAGGAGUUCCCUGGCGGUCUCCAGGUAUCCGGCCGCAGCCGCGGCCUGGGCUUCCUCCACAGGAAAAGCCGAGCUGACCACAGAUGCGGCGUCGUCGGAGUCGAGGCACUCCUCCAGGGGAUACUCCUCGAAUUCGCUCGAGGCCGAGCUUGAGAACGACUCAGCGUACUCGUGGAUCGCCUCGAGGGGGCAAAUUUCAUCCUCCUCCACGCAGGACAGCACGGAGGAGAGGUCCUCCUCCACUCUGUCGACCUUCAGCUUGAGGUCGUCAAGCCAGUCGCAAAGCUCGUCCUCGGUGAGGUCUCCGCUUACGUGCGCGUUGAGGAGCAUUUCGAGCUCCUCGCUGAGGUCGGCCGGGCUUGCCGAAGGAAGACCAGAGUUGGUGGAGGGGGUGUGCGACGAGAUUGAGCCCAAGGUCGUCGAGUUGUCCUCGGGAUUCUUGACGGGCAAGAUUGAGGUGGCUCCCGCCGAAACCACAUGGCGCACCGCAAGAGGGCUGACCUUCGCCAAAGAAGUAGAAGGGGGAGUAGAAGGGGAAGAAGAAGAGGGAGAAAAAGAGGGGGAAGAAGAGGGGGAAGAAGAGGAGGAAACAGAGAGGGAAACAGGGAGGGAAGAAGAAGAGGGAGAAGAAAAGGGAGAAGAAGAGGGGAAAGAAGAGGGGGAAACAGAGAGGGAAGAGGAACCAGACGAAGAUGAGGAAGAGGAGGUCUUGCGCCCGCGGGUAGGCGUGUGAACGGUU